CGCCGCACCGACAAGAUGGCGGCGGGUGGGAGCGGCGGGCGCGCGUCGUGCCCGCCGGGGGUCGGCCCGGGUGCGGGGGGCGGCCCCGGGCCCAGCGCCAACGCCGCCGCCGCCCCCGGCAACGCGGCCGCCGCCGCUGCCGCCGCCGCCGCCGCCGCCGCCGCCCCGGCCCCCGCCGCCCCCGGGCCGCCCCCCGUUCCGGGACCGGGACCGGGACCCGGGUCGGGGCCGGGCGCGCAGGCCGCGGCGGGCGGGGAGCGGGCGGCCGAGGAGCCGGGGGCGGCGGCGCUGCUGCGCGAGCCCGUCUACAACUGGCAGGCCACCAAGCCCACGCUGAAGGAGCGCUUCGCCUUCCUCUUCAACAACGAGGUGCUCUGCGACGUGCACUUCCUGGUGGGCAAGGGGCUCGGCGCGCAGCGCAUCCCCGCGCACAGGUUCGUGCUGGCCGUGGGCAGUGCUGUCUUCGACGCCAUGUUCAACGGGGGGAUGGCCACCACGUCCACCGAGAUCGAGCUGCCCGAUGUGGAGCCCGCCGCCUUCCUGGCCCUGCUCAAGUUUCUCUACUCGGAUGAGGUUCAGAUCGGGCCCGAGACAGUCAUGACCACGCUGUACACCGCCAAGAAGUACGCGGUGCCGGCGCUCGAGGCCCACUGCGUGGAGUUCCUGAAGAAGAACCUGCGGGCGGACAACGCGUUCAUGCUGCUGACGCAGGCACGACUCUUCGACGAGCCGCAGCUGGCCAGCCUGUGCCUGGAGAACAUCGACAAGAACACGGCCGACGCCAUCACCGCCGAGGGCUUCACUGACAUCGACCUGGACACGCUGGUGGCCGUGCUGGAGCGGGACACGCUGGGCAUCCGGGAGGUGCGCCUGUUCAACGCGGUCGUGCGCUGGGCCGAGGCGGAGUGCCAGCGGCAGCAGCUGCAGGUGACGCCCGAGAACAAGCGCAAGGUGCUGGGCAAGGCGCUCGCGCUCAUCCGCUUCCCGCUCAUGACGAUCGAGGAGUUCGCUGCAGGGCCCGCCCAGUCGGGCAUCCUCGUGGACCGCGAGGCGGUCAGCCUCUUCCUGCACUUCACCGUCAACCCCAAGCCGCGCGUCGACUUCAUCGACCGGCCUCGCUGCUGCCUCCGCGGGAAGGAGUGCAGCAUCAACCGCUUCCAGCAGGUGGAGAGCCGCUGGGGCUACAGCGGCACGAGCGACCGCAUCAGGUUCUCGGUCAACAAGCGCAUCUUCGUGGUUGGCUUCGGGCUGUACGGCUCCAUCCACGGGCCCACCGAUUACCAAGUGAACAUCCAGAUCAUCCACACGGACAGCAACACCGUCCUGGGCCAGAACGACACGGGUUUCAGCUGUGAUGGCUCCGCCAGCACCUUCCGGGUCAUGUUCAAGGAGCCGGUGGAAAUGCUGCCCAACGUCAACUACACAGCCUGCGCCACACUCAAGGGCCCAGACUCCCACUAUGGCACCAAGGGCCUGCGCAAGGUGACCCACGAGUCGCCCACGACGGGGGCCAAGACGUGCUUCACCUUCUGCUAUGCGGCGGGGAACAACAACGGCACGUCCGUGGAGGACGGCCAGAUCCCCGAGGUCAUCUUCUACACCUAGGCCGCCCGGUCCCCGAAGCCACCUGAUGCAAGUAGGCCGCCCCCACCCCAUACCGCGCCCCCUGCCACGUUUCUGGGCGUCAGGAGAGGGUCUUCACUCCCUGCUCGGGGGAGCCGGGCAGGGGCUGUGAUGCAGUCCUUCAGGACGUGGGGGGGUGGGCAGGGCUGGCCCGGACCCGCCCUGAGCCAAGUGUCCCCCCGGGGCCUUGGAUGUGGGGGGGUCCCACACGCUGUCCCUGCAGCUCAGGGCCACCCGACCAACCGCCUGACCGCAGGAUUCAAAUAGGAUUCCGUCUCAUGUUUGUUCUAACCGCACAUAGCAAUGCAUCUUGGGUCCCCAUUUCUCUGGUAGGAGGCAGCGUGUGGCGUCCUGGUCUAUUCACUGGGGAUGCUUGGGCCGCCCUGACCCUAGCCCCCAGCACGCUGGCCCAGCCCCCCUCGAGGUCCCACAGGCUGGCUUUCUGCCAGGCCCUGGCCCGCCCAGAGAAGGGCCCCCUGCAGCUGCGGGCACGAACUCCCGACCUGAUCUGCCCAGAGGGGCAAAUGGUGCGGGGCCUACCUUGGUGGCCGCGACCCCGGCUGGCCCCGCCCCCUGUACAUACCGAAGCCCCGCCCCACCCGGCCUCUGAGUGAGCUCUAGGUCCAGAGGUGCUGGAGGGCGGAGCCCCUCCCCUAAGUCCCCAGUUCUUCCCCCACCGCGUUUUCACCCCAGUGAUCCCUUCCGGAAACUGUCCUCCCCAAGCCAUGAAAGGUGUGCCCUCCUCACACCAGACCCCCAAAUGAUUUUUUUAAAUAAAGGAAAGAAACGAAACCA